AUGCACAACCUCCUCACUUCCUCGACGACAUAUGGGGAACAUGACGAUAAGGACAGUGGUUCAAGCGUCAAUUCUCGAAGCAUUCUCCACCCACCAUCGUCCUCAAUUUAUUUUCCUCACCAACUGAGUAAACGACAUGACCUUGCCACAAGCGAUUCCAAUGCAUUGCAUGAAGACUCUCAAACUCUGGAUGAUGACCAUGAAAUGCAUACUUCUGCUAUGGAACUUCUAUAUGAAUCCAAAGUUGGCUCAGUAUUUGUAAAAGGAGCACGCUUUGGAAUGCGUUUUUGCGGUGUUCUAUUGGUAAUUGCAGCCAUAUCAUUAUUGGUAUUGAACUUUGGCUUUUACUUUGCUGUGAUAUUACCCAUGAUGAACACACAAUGGUGGACGUAUUGUUUUCACCUUGCCUUUGGAGUUUACAUGGCCAUCUCUGUUGGCUUUAACUAUUUUCAGUGCAUUCGUGUCAGUCCAGGAAACACUCCAAAAGAAUGGGUUCAUUCACUUGGCGAUUUUGAGUCUUUUAAAAGAAUUCCAAAAACAAUCCCAGGAAAAACCUGGAGCAAAUGGUGUGGAAGAUGUCAACAACCAAAACCAGUAAGAGCUCAUCAUUGUCAUAUUUGUGAUACAUGUGUGUUGAGGAUGGACCAUCAUUGUCCUUGGUUGAAUAAUUGUGUUGGACUGGAAAAUCACAAGUACUUUCUGAGUUUCGUCAUAUUCUUGGCGAUUGCGUCAAUCUAUCAGUUCUUCAUGAUUGGAUUUGGCUUGGCUGGUGUGUACUCUCCUGAUCCUGUGUUGCUUGAAUCGUGGGAUUUUUAUGCCAUGUUAGAAAUGAUUCUCAGUGGCUCUGUUGGAAUAACCAUGCUCCUAUUCUCUGCUUGGCACAUUUAUCUGGUGUUAACAAACCAAACCUCAAUUGAAUUUCAAUUUAAUAAGGGUAAAGAGGAUGGAGAAAAUCCCUUCGACAUAGGUAUUCUCCAAAACAUACAACAGGUAUUUGGUCUAUUAAGUCCACAACCUUCUGUUUUGUGUUGGAUGAAGUUGCUGCUACUUCCCAAUGCCCAAAAAUCUCAUCUCGAUGGGGUCAGCUAUCCAACAAAUCAACAAGAAAAAGUAUGA